AUGGAGUUGGAACAGAGAGAUGUUGCAAAUUUUUACAGGUACGUUUCGAAUCAUGGGUUUAGUCUUGUUUAUAAAGAAUAUCUAAGGAUAUCUGAAGUCUAUGGUGGUGAUCCUCCAAGGCAAAUCUUGAGAGAUGCAAUAGGUAAAGCUAUCAGAAGUUCAAACAUGUCAGCAUUAAAAAAACUAUGCGAUGUUUACAAGGGAAAAUAUAACGAUAUGUUCACAUAUCACUCAUUCAUGGCAUAUUAUCUCCAGGUUGGGAAACCAUCAAAGUUUUUCCAUGUUUUUAGGGAAAUGGCUAACGCUGGGUAUGAGCCAGACAUUCGUACUUAUAAUUUAAUUUUUCAACAAUUCUCUGCUAAGAAAGAUCUGGAGUCAACUUUUGCAUUGCUAGAUUAUUUAACAGGUAAAGGUAUGAAAGUUACUAUUGAGGAAUUAUGUCAUGUGCUUGUCUGCUGUGCCAAACAGAUUGAUGUUGACUCAGCUACUAAGGUAGACCAAUUGGCUGAUAAAUAUGAGUUGAAAAAAACUGGUGAAUUUUAUUCAUCUUUAAUGGCUGUCUAUACAGAAGCAAAUUUACAUGAAAAGGCAAUAGAAUUAUUUAACAGCUAUGACGGUACACCUAAUGCUGAUUUAUAUGCCAACUUGAUUAAAACACAUGUGAGAAAAGGUGACUAUGAUUCAGCUAGAGAAGCAUAUAAAUCAAUGAUGGAACAAAAUAUAGAAAUGACUAGAAAAUUUUAUGCCGUCUUGAUUGAAUAUUUUUGCAAAAUUGGUGAAUUCACUAAUGCCCGUACAUUGAUGGAUAGUAUUGAUUUAGAGGAUGGAAAUGAUAUGGAACCAUUUGCGGUAAUGAUGGAGAACUACAUGCAUAAGGGAUUGCAUGCUGCAGCUAUUUCUGUCUACAACUUUUUACUGGAAAAUAAUGUGACACCAGGGCCACGGGUUUAUAAUAAGCUAAUGGAGUGUUUGGUUCAAUUGAGUUUUGUCAAUAACCAUAAUUUUUCCAGACCAGCACGUAUUGCAGAAGAAUUACUUGCAACUCAAAAAGAAAAUCCUAAAAAGCAUUAUCUGUCUUUCAAAAUCAUUAAGCCAUUGGUUAGAUAUUUGUCAAAGCAAUAUGAUCCAGUCUAUGCAUUAAAGUUGUUGGAAGACUAUAAAUCCUCACGUUCAGAAUAUAGUACCUCUAAAAAUAUUUCUAUAUUAAAGGAGGAAUUGAUUAUUUAUGGUGAAACAAAACAAUAUUACAGAUUCAAUGCUGUUUUUGAAAACUUUUUGGAUGAAAUCAAGAGAAGAAUGGUUAGGGGUAAAAGACCUCAUAAAAGCAAAGAUGUUUUCCUUCCAAUCAUUGGAUAUAGAGCUAGAUCUGGUGCUGUGCUUGAUGAACAAAAACAACUUCAAGACCUUGUUCAAAAUUUCAUCUUUGCUCAUAAUUUCAAUGUUAGUAAUGAAAACUUGAAUGAAAUUGCCGAUAUAUUGCUGGCAGAUUCAAGAACUUUCAUGUUUGGUAUGGAAAUAGUUGAAACCAAGUUGAUGGGUGGGUUUAUUGCACAUGCUGUUGUAAGAGCUCGUGAGUGGAGAAACUCUGUGUUACCAUUAGGUGCUAAUCCUAUAGAGUAUCAAAAUCCUAUCACGAUGCCAAAAAUAUACUUGAAAGAUGAGUUUUAUCUCAAAAUUGCUAUUCAUUUGGAUAAUUAUCUUUCAAUGAUACGAAAAAUGGACCCAAAUAAAAUGCCAGACUUCAUGGAAAAGUUUAGAAUUAAGUUUCCAAAAGUGUUCAAAAAUUUCCCUGGUACUAUUAGUAAUUUUGCAGAUGUUGAAGGGUAUGAUUAUAAGAAGGAUUUUAGAGACAGUGGCAUAGCUAAUGAUAGGUGGUAA